GGCGGGGAGGCGGGGGGGCGGCGGGGAGGCGCGGCCGCCAUCUUGUGCGUCGCCGGAGCCAGGCGAGGGGCCCGCGGCGCGGCGCCGCCCCGACCUCCGCGCUCCCCCCCGCCGCAGCCAGGGCCGCCCGCACAGCCCCGGGGCGGCGGCGGACGGGGCGGGGAAGAGCCCGGUGCGGCCCGGGGGGACCCGCGGUGGCGGCGGUGGUGGCGGCUCCUCCUCCUCCUCCUCCUCCUCCUCCUCCUCCUGCUGCCGCUGCCCUUCCUCCCGCCUCCCGUGGCCCCGCGGCUUUGUGGCGCUGCGCCGGGGGAGGAUGAACGGAGGAUAAAUGGUGCCCAAAGCGGACAGCGGCACCUUCCUCCUGCUCUUCCUGCUGGUGCUGAGCAUCACCGAGCCGCUGCGGCCAGAGCUCCGCUGCACCCCAGGGCAGUUCGCUUGUCGGAGUGGUACCAUCCAGUGCAUCCCUUCAAAUUGGCAGUGUGAUGGAUGGCCCACCUGUGAGGACGAGAGUGAUGAAGUUGACUGUCCAGGCUUGACAGGGGACCAGCGAACUUACCAUGGGAAGGAGAAUGUGGACGCCAGGCAUAAUCGAGGGAGGGGAGGAGAGACGACCCGCUUUCACACUGUCAAUGUGGCACAGCCUGUCCGAUUUAGCAGUUUCCUAGGAAAGUGCCCAACAGGGUGGCACCACUACGAGGGCACAGCUAGCUGUUACAGAGUGUAUUUAAACGGGGAGAACUACUGGGACGCCGUGCAGACAUGUCAGCGGGUGAAUGGAUCCCUCGCAACCUUCACUGCAGACCAGGAGCUACGAUUUAUCCUGGCACAGGAGUGGGACUUGGAAGAAAAGACAUUUGUAAGGAAGGACCAACGUAGGUUCUGGGUUGGAUAUCAGUAUGUGAUCACAAAUCGAAAUCACUCCCUAGAAGGCCACUGGGAAGUAGCUUAUAAAGGCUCUUCAGAAGUAUUUUUACCCCCUGACCCUAUCUUUGGUACGGCUAUGUCUGAAAAUGAAAACGUUCUUUGUGCCCAGCUUCAGUGUUUCCAUUUUCCUACCCUUCGGCACCACGGUUUACACAGCUGGUAUGCUGAAAACUGCUACGAGAAGUCGUCAUUCCUCUGCAAAAGGAGCCAGACUUGCGUCGAUAUCAAAGACAACAUUGUUGAUGAAGGCUACUAUUUCACUCCAAAAGGGGAUGAUCCCUGUCUGAGCUGCACGUGUCAUAACGGUGAACCUGAGAUGUGUGUGGCUGCUCUGUGUGAACGGCCACAGGGAUGUCAGCAGUACCGCAAAGAUCCGAAGGAGUGCUGCAAAUUUACUUGUUUAGACCCAGAUGGGAACAGCUUGUUUGACUCAAUGGCUGGUGGAAUGCGUCUGAUAGUUAGCUGCAUUUCAUCCUUCCUCAUCCUCUCUUUGCUGCUCUUCAUGGUCCACCGGCUACGCCAGAGACGGAGAGAGCGCAUAGAGUCUUUGAUCGGAGCAAAUUUGCACCACUUUAACUUGGGCCGCAGGAUGCCUGGUUUUGAUUAUGGUCCUGAUGGUUUUGGAACUGGCCUUACUCCACUGCAUCUUUCAGAUGACGGGGAAGGGGGAGCGUUUCAUUUCCAUGAUCCACCUCCACCCUAUACUGCUUACAAGUAUCCAGACAUUCAACAUCCAGAUGACCCACCUCCUCCUUAUGAGGCUUCUGUCAAUCCUGACAGCAUCCUUUGUUCCACUCCAGAUGGAGUUCUUUCUCAGACUGUGCAGAGCAGUCCUCCAUCUCUAGGAAACUGUGAUGUAUCCCCACAGCUUACAGAGGGAUCGCUUCCUCCCUCAGUUGGUCCUUCUCCAGUGGAGCUGGAAGACUCUGCUGACAGCAGCACCUUUCUUGUCCCUCCCGACACACCGCUAAAUGAAAACACACCGGCAGAAACUCUUACGGGCAGCCGUCACAGCCACUGUUCUCUCAAUACCAUUGUAUAAAGGAAUAAAAAGCCGACUGCCGGUCAGAAAUAGUUUUAGCAACUGUUUGCACAGACAAACACUAAUCCAUGGUUUGAACUUCAGAAGGAAUCUCCACUUUGUUUUGAACACUGCUUUUAUGUUCUAGAUUAGGAUCGUGCCUCUUGUUUUUGGCUGUCGUUACUCGUUCACUAAUCAGUUUGUCCUGUAAAUAUGGACUGUAUAACUGCUCUUUUUUUUUUUUUUCCAUUGGCUAUGGAAAAGAAUGCAGAGAAUUCCUUUGACUUCAAGGAGAGGAAAAGUAUGGGUAGUGUUUCUUUUUGUUUUUGCUUUUUUGUUUUGUUUUGUUUGUUUGUUUUUUAACUGAGAGGAAACAAAAUCCACAUCAGAAAAAGCUGCUUGGAUUUGGCUGGAUACCACUGGACCCAGGGAACAGACAAUGGAAAAGGAGGGUAGGGGCAGUCAUUGUUCAAUCAGUUGCUUUCUCUCUUGCUUCAGUGCUACACUUGGAAAAGACAGAGAAGACUGAACUGCAGGGGAAGGGGCUAGGCAUCCGUUACACAGAGCAGAAACACUGAGGAGCUAAAACAUGCUACCACGUAAGAGUUACACAGGAUGAAACAUUUGUGUUUUGAUCUGCCUUGCUGUUUCAAAACACCCUAGGGACUGGAGCAUAAAUGAUCUACGCAAUGUGCAACUUUGUCUGUUGAUGGAAGUGGGUACCAAGAAAACCAGGAUUUGCAAUUACAGUUAUUUGUUGUUGGUAGCUGCAAAAUUUAAUGCUGUAAGAUAAACUUCUGUGCUAUAAAGAAAAUGGGGUCUGCGCAGUGCUGGCAUCCCUUCAGUAGAAUCCUCGUGUGUGUCAGGUAGUACUUAAGGGAAGAGGCGGGGAGCAGUUAACUUUGACACAGUCUAACUUCACUAUACAAAGCCCCUGUUUGUUGUAAUCCCAUAAGGAAGGUUGAAGUGUUUUUUCUUUGUAGUCUAACUCCUUUACAAUGAACAGUUGCACAAAACUGGCCUGGAUAAAAGACCAUUGUUCUUGCUUUUCUUAUUGCAUGCUAUAUUUAGCAUGUAAGUGUGUUCCCUCCCUUCCAUUUCACUUCUUUACAGUUUCUACAAAUAACAUUUAAAAACACUGAUCAACACACUGUACAUAAUGUUUAAUUGGACACUUGUUUCUUAUCUUAAUCCUAUAAAUGCCAACCCUAUUCUCGGAAUUCUCCCCACCCACACCCCAAAACAUUUAUCCAGGUUCCACAAGGGGUUAUAAUGAGGUUAGUGUACUUAAAUCAGUAAAGCAGUCUGCUUCACUCUGAUAUGUGAUCUUCAAUUUUUCCCUCAGAUUGAAUUCUUUAAGCUAAUUUAAACAUUGCAAAAAGAGAUUAAUUCACUCCCUCACUAAUCCCAAGGUCAAGCACUGUUGGUUUUGAUAAUGAGUGCAAAACAAUCUUUACAGGUGGUUUUAAAUUUAAGUGGGAUUUUAGUGAACAAAUAAUUUGCCCCUACCCUCCAACCUCCUCUUGCCUCUGCUUCUCCUUGACUUAUUGUAGCAGUCAGCAGAUGAGAUAAAUUAUAAGGAAUAUGUAAAGAAUGCCCCUUGUGAGUGUUCUCCUAUUACCUUAUGAAGGGUACAAGCCUAGAGGGACAGGAAGAAAACACUGCAUGGGGGUGUAUAUGUGAAUUAUUUUUCUAGUAAUGAUGAGAAAUCAUACUUGUAUGACAAAUCCUAACCCACUAUUGUGGUUUCCCAGUGCAGCUGACUUUUCCCUACUGAAUAUGCUGCUACUUUCUAUUCUGUGUCUUGCCUAUAGGCUUAUACUGUAUUUGAGGAUUGGUCUUGACAAUUCAACUCCUUUUGCACAGAAAACUGUGAGUUUCAUUAUUGAGAUCAUAUCUGGAGUCUUGACGUUCAGACACUUGCUAACGAUCUUGAAUCCAUUGGAGAGUGAAUCACAGUUCUCGUGUGCGCUGCUGCCGCGCGAGUAGGAGGAAGCACUGUUAGGAAGCCUCUCGCCUGGAGUCGUACCACCACGGCGCGUCCUGUUCUCUGGUUUGACUGGCUCUAACGUGAGCAGCACGAAACGAGAGGAGCAAUUCUCCACCCUGGGGGAUCUGUUGCCAUCUCCUCCUCUGAGAUCAAGUCCUGGUCUAACGAAGUGGAUGGAUAGCAGUAGUGAGAACCAUGCAUACAAAUUGAGCAUUUCUGAAGUAUGAAAAUAAAGCGGGUUUUGUGCAUUUUUGAGCACAUUCAUACGUUUUAUACAUUGUAUGUACUGAUUUUUCUUUAGUUUUAUAGGUACGAAUGCGUGUGCGUGCGUGCGUGUGUCUCUGGGUGGCGAUAUAUAUAUAAAAAUAUAUAUACACUGUAGACGGUACCCUUUGUGCUGCGUCCAGCUAGGUGAAGCUAAGCACUGGGAUAUAAACUAGGCUCUUAGGGUUAAUACUUCUCUGAAGCUGGCUACACUCUGUUGUAGGACAGGAUGUGAUAGUGUACACUUAAGUAGGAUGCAAAGUCUAUGCUACUACAAUCUGUUCCUGAAAAUAUUUUGUUAGCAGUGCAAAUUAGAAAAUUUCUAAUUCCUUUUGAAGCCAGAUGGAACAUUCAUUCUCUGUAGUAUCCUAGCGCAAUAACAAAAAGCCUUUUGGCUUGGUUUAGUCUCUGAAGCUGUGUUUUGUGGUUGAGGUGAACAGAUACCUUACCUCACACAUCUCAUAACACUGCAGGAAUCUGUUCAAUAUAUAUUUUUUUUAUUUUACUUUUGGUUCUGUGGUGAAUUUAUUGAAAAUAAGCUCUGUUACGAUUCGUAACUUCAUGAUAGCUCCCGGCUAUAGUUGUUCCAAAUGCGGGCUUCUUUGUAGAAGCCUCAGUGUAAUAUGUUUCCUAUAGCUUCUGAGCCUUUCCCGCUUCUAUGUUGGCACAGAGGCUGCAACUUUCUCUCUUUUUCCCUAUCUUUCUUCAUCUUAACUGUAAACGAGGGAGAUCUUGCCUUGAAUGGAGCAGCUCACUAAGUACAGCUCUUGUUUACCUCUCAGUGAGCUUCUAAUUUGGCAAUAAAAAUGUCAUUUAUUUCCCAUUUUAACGUAGCUUUUUCACAUUGAGUAUUCUCUCUUGGAGCAGAGAACGUCACAACUGCUAAGACUUCUGGACCAACUGGGGAAGGGUUAGUUUUCCUGACAGCAGUUGACUCCUCAGCAAAACUUCCUUGCCCUUGGCAAGGUGACUGGUACGUAACUUUGUUCUGAGCGCCAAUUAAAGGGGUUGAAGCUUGAUGCUUGCCUGAGGAAGACCUUACUGUUUUGAUUGCCAUUAGGUUGAUGAGAUCUUUUAGAGUUAUUUUGUGCAUUGAUUUUUAUUUUUUUUUCUCCCCAUCACCAUUCACUUCUCUGGAUGUUUUUCUUAUCUACUGGUGCAUCCCCAAUCUUCCUGCAGAUACAGCAGGGGAGGUUCCAUUACCUUAUCGUUCCUUGCAGCACAAAUGAGCAAAGAGGGCAUAUCUCUUUGAAUGUUCCUGACCACAAUCUAUCUUGUCAGGUGUCAGUACUCUGUCCUUGUGCAGGGCUCACGCAUCCCAUUGUGGCCUCUAACAAAACCGUUCCUCAGUUUCCCCUUCCUUACUACGUACUGUGGUGCCAUAUUGAGGUCUCUGCUGUUCCUUCACGGGCAGUCAUAGAUAUUCACUUGUAUCGGUGUUAUCAGUGAUACAUGUACGCAGUCUCACAGCAGCCUCUCUUUUUUUAAUAGGUGAGUUGUAGAAUAUUGUAAUGUUAGAAAGACAGUGGGUUUAGUUCUGUGCUAGAAGAUCAAAAUUGUCAUUCAGAUGUACAAAGAACUUGUCUGCGUAAUGUUCGGUUGUGUCUAGUCCUGAGUCUCAGACGAUUCCUUUAUCCAUUUGUGACAGGGCGCUGGUCGAGAAGAAAAAAGAAGCAGGUGAAUUUUUUUCCUGAAGGCUUAAUCUUACGGUCUGUGCACAGGCAGCAUUCCUGGAAGUCACUGGGCUCUGCCUGAGCCGGUGGCACAGGGCUGCCCAAUUCAUGCAUCUCUGAAGUUUCACCUGGGAAGAAAUUGUUUUUGUGACCAGUAACUUACUGUUCUUUUCCCAUCUGUUAAUUGAAUUUGAAGCUGUUUUAAAAACUGUUUUUAUCUUUCAGAAGUCAUUUUUUUCAGCGAUAAAGCCCUGAAGUUCUCAUGUUUUCUCAUAUGAUCCAUAACAUCUCUUUUUUUUUUCAGUUGCUGAAAUGUAUUUUUUCCUCUCUACUUAGCUAAAGAACAUGAAAUAUACAGAAAUUUCUUUUAAAUAUCCCUUGCAAGUUGGGAACUGGACCCUAAAAUUAGAACAAAUCAGUGUAGAGGAGGCAAAUCAAUCAAAGUUCAUACAUUCUGCUUCCACCGUUACCCAGUUCCAAACGAAAUCUGUGUUUCUUUGGAAUAGAUGCAUUCAGCGGUGAGGAUCUGCUUCCCCUAACAAUAUUCUGCAUUAGCUGCCUGCUACGGUACGACAUAGCUUUAAUUUUCCAGUAUUGUGCACCUUGAACGUUGAGUGGGUUGGAGUUGAUGCCAGCAGAGAUGCUGCACUUGCAGCCUGCGUGCAUGGCCAUGCUGCACUGUAAUCUGAAUGUCAGACUUGUGUAUGCCUGGGAGGCUGAGAGAGAGAAUGAGACACUGCUUUUUACCUUCUCUUGGAAAAUAAUUUUAGCCAACGCUGCAUUUGCAGGCUUCUCCUGUGUAGUUGGUUUGUGACUGGAUUUAACUGUGGCAGUGUAUAAAAGAUUUUGAUAUUCUGUGAAAUACCAUGUAGAAUUUAAAUUUGAUACUAUGAUAAUUCAGUCCCUGUGACACUGUUUUUUUGUUUUAACUUCUUUCUUUGGGGUUGGCACUAAUCUUUCUUUUUCUCAAGAUGCUGUGAGAAACAUUUCAUCCAAAUGCCAAAUAAAUUGUGUUCUGUAAGACAAA